GUUGAGUGUCAUGCCAUCGAAACCUGAGCCGCAAAACGAUGCAGUCCAUUCAUGUCAUGCCAGGCAACUCUUCGUCCUGAAAGACGAUCAUAGGCACCCUCAUCGAUUUUCCAGGGUCCGUACAUCCAAAGACUCCUCAACAAACGCAUCUGACUUGUGUCAGGCCAAGAAGCUCUAUAUCGCCCUAGUGGUCGGGCUCUCGAUGUUCAACAGUACACUCUCCUCCAGUCUUCCAGGUGGCUCGUCCUUCUACGUCGCUUCGUACUUUGACAUUGUUGAGCCGCAAGAACAGAUACUGUUGUCCACGACGUACCUGAUCGGGUACGUCGUUAGGCCAUUGCUGUUCGCACCGCUGAGCGGGCUGUUCUUCACAAUGUCCCUGGCAUGUAUCUUCAGCCCAAGCUAUGCAGCACUUUUGGUUUUUCGUUCACUUGCGGGCAUGGGUGGUUCUGCACCAAUCUCCAUCAUUGGUGGGGUCUAUGCGGACAUCUACCCCAACCAUUCGUCACGCGGCACUGCCACAGCUGCUUAUACUAUGGGAACUACCUUAGGCACAGUGCUGGGCCCGACCAUCUUUGGAUUUGUUGCGUACAGCGACUGGCGCAUAUCCUUUGUCCUGACCACGACUCUUGCAGCGAUCGCACUCGUGGGCAUCAUCUUCCUACCUGAGACCUAUGCUCCAGUCCUCGAGCGAUCACGAAUGAACAAGGCGCGCUGCAGCAAAUCGUGCCGAGCACUCGUGUCGGACACUGAUCAGGACACAAGAAGCCUCGGUGCCAUACUCUUGAAAGCCGUAAAGCGACCACCGAAGCUCUUCUCUACCGAGGCGAUCGUGUUCUUCUCAUCCUUGUACUGCGCACUUGUUUUCGGCAUCCUGUUCGUCUUCUUCGCGGCGUACCCAUACAUUUUUCGCACAGUCUACGGUAUGGAUCACAGGACUGCAGGUCUGUCCUUUUUACCUAUCGGAGUAGGCACGAUCCUUUCCAUGCCGUUAUGUAUGGCCUACGACGUAUUUCGAGAAAAUUGCAAGAGGAGGGGAAGACAAUGGGCAACAAGGGAGGAGUAUCGCAGAUUACCACUCGCGUGCAUUGGUGGUGUAUUGCUUGUGGCAUCGCUUUUCUGGCUGGGCUGGACUUCAUCGCGGUCUUUCCAUUGGAUCAUACCUAUGAUGUCCGGCCUGCCGUACGGCAUUGCGUUCAACCUGAUCCUGAUAGCUCUCUUCAACUAUCUGACAGACUCGUACGGCAUAUACUCCGCUAGUGCCCUCGCGGCUGCUAGCUGCACAAGGAGUAUCCUCGGAGCGAUCCUUCCUCUGGCCCAGAACACCAUGUACACCAAUUUGGGCAUUGGCUGGGCUACGAGCAUUCUUGGCUUCGCAGCCGUGAUGUUGCUUCCAGUUCCUUUUGCUUUCAUAGCGUUUGGCCCUGGUAUUAGACAGCGAAGUCCAUUUUGUCAAGCCUCGCAGCAGCAUGCAAGA